UGUUCUGGACGUCAUUAGUGUUUCACGACAAACCGUUCUUGGUAACUUUUCAUGUUAAACAAAUAAACCUUCUUAAAGGUUUUUUUUCAUUAUUUAAAGUUAAUUUUAUAAAAAAUGUAUAAAAAAUUAAUUUUUUUUAUUUCGUAUUAAAAACUAUAGUUGCAAUUUAUUUGCAUACUAUUUCAAUUGUAUUUAAAUGUUUAAAGCGCAAAAAACCCACAUGUUAAGCACUCAACACAAACAAUAAUUAUUUACCAACGUCGAAAGAAAUGGAAAAAAUUGACAGUGACGACGACUAUUAUUCAGUUUCUGAAUGCCUCAGUUCAAAAGUUUCUUCAUACGGUUCGUGUACACCUGUUGCUUCUGAUAAUGACAAUGAAGAAGAUGUAGAAUUUGACGUUGAUAAGGUUGUAGAAGAAAUGAUGGAAGCUAGAAGGUUACAAAUGCUUUCACCAGUAUUUGCAUGUGAUAGAACUAAUGAAAAUAAGAAAAAAGUUAUUCCUAAAGUACAAAUGGAUAACCCUAAUGAUAGUAGGGAUGUUUUAGAAUUGAAGGUUCUAGAAUUAUGUCCAGAAUUGACAUUAUUAGGGGAAACGUUAGAAGAAGCUUUAAAUUUACAAACGGAACACGAGCGCGUGUUGGAAAAAAUUCAGGGAAAACAAAGCCCAGUUAGUGAACUUUUGAAAAAAACCGAUCAUCUAAUAGCCACUCAGAAUGUUCAACCAGAAGUUUAUGCCGCUAUGGCAGAUUCUUUAGGAAUUGCUUGGAAGGAUGUAAAUGAUAUACUCCAAAAUAGAGGAUUUUUGUUGCAUUUAAAUGUUGAAUAUCAUAGGCAAGCAGAACUGUGUAUGCAACGCAUUAGAGCAUUAGAAAUGCUUUGUCAUAGUUACCUACCAACUAAUGUCGAAGCAAUUAAAAAUCAUCUAGAUCAAAUAAAUGAAGUAAGAAAGUCAGUUUUGGAGACUUUGAUGGUUACACUAGGCAAUGGAACACAGUUAUUAGACUUCUUAAAAGAAAUUUAUACCAAAGGAACUCUAGAUUCUAGACCAGGUUACAAUCAACAUUCUACGUCAUUAGCUAUAUCUCAAGUAGAGCAUUGGUUAGAAAAACUCCACGAUAAUCGUCAAUCAAUUGAUAUUGAUUGUCAUGAGCGAAAAACAAUGCUCGAAAAACGUUUAACUAUAUCUUUACUAGUCAUUGAUUUAAAUUUACUUGAAAAUAUAAUAUUAGAGAGAUAUAGUUCGUUAGAAAAAGUCAAAAAUUCUCUGGGAGAUUCUGAAUAUGAAUGUUUAAAACUUACUGAAGUAAACGAAAAUCUAAUUAUAGAAGCAAAAGAUAUAAGAGAUCAAGCAUUAAGAGUAGUAAAAGCUACCGAGCAACUUGUUUUGACUAAAGGCUAUAUGGAGGAAGAUUAUAAGUUUAAAGCUUAUAAGUUGUUAGAAACAGCAACAGAAUACUUAGAAGAACUCAGUAAUAGAGAACGUUUAUUAGAUUCUGCAAUACAUUUCUUCAAAUGUGCUGAAAAAGUACUUGGAGCAUGGGAUACUAUACUUCAAGAUUCUUCUGAUGAAAACCAAUCAUCAAAAGCAAAUUAUGUAACAGAAACCGUAAAAAGAACUGGAGCUUCGGUUAUUCAGGAUGGAAAUUUAUUACUUAGAGAAGUUCCGCUAGCAAAGGGAGUUAAAAAAGUGGUAGAUGAAUUAGAAAGGAAAAAGCAACUCAUACUAUCUAUUCUUAUGAAAGAUCAUGAUAAAUAUAUUGAAUCCUCAGAAGCGGUAACAACGUUCUCAGAAAAUUACAAUGCAAUUUUCUCUUGGUUGGUUAGUUCAGCAGAAACAUUUUUAAAUGAGCACAAUUCCAUGACUACAAAUUUAAAAGAAUCAAGAGAGUUUUUAAAUACUCAUAAAAAAAUACUUAAUGAUUUAAGAACAAAAGGAAUUGACAUUAAUGCUUUAGUAAGUUCUACUAGUUUACCGCCUUUAACAUUCAUUGAUGUCGAAACUAGAGUGGAAUUGGAAAAUAAAUCUUCUACGUUAAAAGAUCACUGGACUUAUUUGGAUAGAAUAUUAAGUUGGAGGAUAAAUUUAGCUGAGCUUUUUGUGAAAUUUUUUUCUAUAGCUGAAAAUCUUGAUGUAGAAUUUUCUAAUUUGGAUGAAAUGAUAGGAAAAUACGAUAUUACUGAUCAAAAUUUAGAUACUGGAAAUAAACAAUGGACAAAUAUCAUGCAAUUAUAUGCUCAGCUAAAUAAUACCGGAGAUAAAUGUUUACAUCAAUGCUCUCAAACUGAAGACGUUCAUCUUAAGAUAGACGUGGCUCAAGAAAGAAUAAAAUCAGUGCUCGAUUUGUUUGCGGAUAGAAAAACCAAAACUACUUCCGUUUGGGAGAGUUGGCAACGGACGUUAGCCGAAAACAAAUUGGAUAAGGUGCUUUGGAAAGAAAACAUGUGCGAGAGCAGUAAGACUGUUGACUGGGUAUCUAAGUUGGAAACUCAGCUUUAUCCCAUCCUAAAAACAGAACCGUUGACAGUAGAUCGACAUAUUUUAGAAGUAGAAAACAAAUUAAAUAAUAUAUUACCUGAAGUUCAAAGAGCUCAAGAUGAAAUUGAAACUAGAGUUAGAACAGCAGAAGAGUUGAUCGGAAAAGGAAAUGUACAAGGAGAGAAUAUUUCCAUUCCACCAAGAUUAAAAGAACUUCAUAGUCGUCUUAUUAGUAUCACUACUGAAUACCAAAAUCUUUUAGAAAUGUUUUUGUCAUUUUUUAACUCAUUACAAAAGUUCCAUAAUACUGUAUGUGAUGCUGAGAAAAGUCGACAAACUGAAAUAAUAAAUUUAAAGUUGGAUGAAGUUGAAGAAUUGUAUAAAAGUCAUAACAAGUCACGACAAACUGUGCUUGACAAUUUUAAAACAGUUUAUGCAGAAAAUAUACGCCUAAUGGAUAAAAUUAAGCAACAGGAACCUCAAAAAUCGGCUGAACAAGACAUGUAUGUUGUGCGUUGUCUCAUGGAAAAUGAAAGGAAUGUAUGGGACCAAUCGUGUGAAAUAUAUUGUCAAAAAAUUGAACAACAGCAGCAAUUGAGUCAGUUUGACAAUGAUUUAAUUCAGAUAAACAACAAUUUAAAUGAUUUAUCUCAACAACUUGCUUCUACCAAAGGACAAUACGGUUCAAAUUUAGCUUCUGCUAAAUCAGCGUCACUUGCUUUUCAUUACUUUGAAAAAACGAUAUUGCUUUUAGAACAGAGAAUUGAAACAUUUAUUAGUGCUGCUAAUUCGUUGAUGAGUUUCGAUCAUACUAAGUCUGAACAUAUAAAAAAGGAAUUGAGUCAAUUGAAAAGUAAAUGGGAUACAUUUCAGUCGCAAGUAGCAGAGAGCAGGAUUCACAUAGAUGUGUGUGUUCAAUACUUUUCGUUGAUAGAAGAAGCGCAACAAUGGAUUUAUGAAGGUAGUAGAGUAUUAAUGAAUAUAGUUCAAAAAUCAACUGAUGUUAAAUCACAAGAUGAAGCUUUAAUAUUGUUAAACGAAAUUGAAUUAUUUUUAAAGCCUAAUGAUAGAAAACAGGAAGAAAGAAUUAAUAAAAUAUACAAACUUGGGGAAGAACUUUAUGGAAAACAAGAUGUUACUGAUGUUUCUAAAGUAGUAACUGAGAACCAAGAACUUCUAGAUUCUUUUUCUUUGAUAUUUAAAGAGCUCAAAUCAUUUGAUGAAAAAUUUAAAUCCGGAGAUAAUUUGGAUGAUCAUAAACGUGAAGUUAACCAAAUAAUUGCAAACGCACAUGAAGAAAUUAUGACAUCAAAUAUGAAUUCUAAAUCAAUCAAAAAUACUAUACCCGAAAAAAAGAAACUUCAUGAAAAUAUUAAACUAAAUCCUAAUAUAAUAAAGCCAUUGCAAGACUGUACAGUUAAUGAAGGAAAAAAAAUUUCUUUAGAAUGCAGUAUUGAAAGCAAACCUUCAAAAGUUACUUGGUUUAAAGAUGGGAUUGCAAUUGAAAAUAACCCAGACUACCAAACUACUAUAAUUGAUAAUCUAUGUAUUCUUACGAUUGAAGAAACAUUUGUAGAAGACUCCGCUAGUUACACGUGUAGAGUUGAUAAUGAUUCCGGUUAUAGUGAAACAUCCGCUUAUUUAACUGUAAAAGAAUGUCAACCUGAAAGCCAAAUGUGUCCAUCAGUUUUCACCAAAUUACUAUCUGAUUUGAUAGUUGACGAAGAAGAACCAUGCUUGUUAUCAUGUAAAGCUGAAGGAAAUCCUUUGCCUACAGUUCAGUGGUAUAAAGACGAUAUGUGCAUUGAAAAUAAUCCAAAAUAUCAAAUUACUUAUAAUAAUGGUGAAGCAUUGCUAAAAAUUGAACGUGUACAUUUGUAUCAUAAAGGAAAAUACAUAUGCGUAGCUACCAAUAAACUUGGUUCAGACUCUACUUCCUCUAAGUUGUUAGUUAAUGAAAAAUCACAAGAAACGCCAAAAUUUAUCAUGCCAUUAUCAAAUGUUAUGGCAAGAGCAGGGCAGAAAUUAAAACUAGAAUGUGAAGUAGAAACAAAUGAUUCUCCGACAUUAAUAUGGCUCCUAAAUGGGAAAAUGAUGAAAGAAAUAAAAGACUUUAAAAAUCCUGAAAAUCGUGGAAAAAUUAAUCUAAUAAUUCCAGAAGCUUAUCCAAAAGAUGCUGGUACUUAUACUCUUAUAAUCAAAACAAAAUAUGGCGAGGUAUCAAGUUCAUGUCAGGUAUCUGUCAAAGGUAUUUUACCGAACGAAACCUCGGAUUCUGAAAUUACUUGUGAUAUUGAUCCAGUGAAACCAUCAAUUCUUUCUCCUUUAAGUGAACAAACUGUUACAGAAGGACAAAGCGUAUAUUUAAAGUGUGUAAUAAUUGGCCAGCCAGAACCUGAGGUAAUCUGGUAUCACGAUGGAAAACCUGUUAAAGAAUCAAAAGAUAUCCAGCUAUUAUUUCAAGGUGAUCAAUGCUCCUUAGUGAUUAAAGAAGCAUUUGUUGAUGAUGCUGGUGAAUAUAAAGUAAUUGCUAUAAAUUCUGCAGGGGAAGCCAGCAGUAUUGGUUUUUUGAAAAUACAGCCUAGACCAAUAGAUUUGGAUCUUGAUAAACUUGUUGAGGCCCCCAAAUUCAUUAAAUUACUCUCAGAUGUAUUAGUUCGAGAAGGAGAUCCAAUUACUUUAGAGUGUAACGCAAAUGGGUGCCCAAAACCAGAAUUUAAAUGGAUAAGAAAUACUGUUGAAAUCAAGCCUGACCAUAGAAUAAUUCUAAGUUCGAACGAAGAUGGUACUGCAAUACUUCAUAUACCAAAAGCUUUACCGAUUGAUAAAGGUCAAUAUACUGUUAGAGCAACAAAUACAGCUGGAGAAGCCAAAUGCUUUUCACAUGUAAUUGUAAAAUCGACUUCAUCAUUUGAUAUAGCAAAUAUCGGCGUUUCUAAUGAAAUAAAAUAUGAAGAAAAAUUGGAGAAACCUGUAUUCAUAGAAACAUUUACUGAUGCAAUAGUUUUUUUGGGUGACUUUGUCAAAUUUGAGUGUAUUGUUGUAGGUAAACCUACUCCGAAGGUUCGAUGGUAUUUCAAUUCGAAACCAGUAAGUGGAAAAUCAUUUUUAGUGUCAAUUAGUGGUGACCGGCAGGUACUUACAAUUCCCGCAACUGAGUUUGAACAUAAUGGGUUAAUUGAAUGUAUAGCAGAAAAUGAAGCUGGUAAAUGCAGCUGUAUAUCUCAAUUAAAAAUCAAAGAACAAGAAACGCUUUCAUUAAUCAUGGAAAAUAAUAAAAAUAACGAGCAAAAAUCCACAAUUGCAGAAACUUUUGAAAGAUGUUCUAAUUGUGACAUAAAAAAUUCAAUGCUUAUGUCAUCAUCAUCGACUAGUUUUGGUGAUAGUAAUUUUAAAGAAGCUUCCUUUGAUUCACAAAUGAAAAAACAAUCUCUUCAGUUAGGAGAUAAUACUCCUGUACAAUGUGAAUUAUUCCAAACCAAAGAAUAUUAUAAUAUUGAUGGGCAAAAGAGUCAUCAUGGAACUGAUUAUAAUUCCACAAAUGCUUUUGAUGGAUAUCAGUCAUCAUUUUUUGAGAUAUGUUCUACUCAACAAGAUACUAAGAAAGAUAAUAAAUUAAUAUCAUCAACUGAAAAAAAUAUUAUAAAGCAGAAUCGUAAGCCUACAGCUCCCCGUUUCAUUUCUCCACCACAAGGGAAAAUUGCAGAACAAGGCGAUGACGUAUUUUUAGAAGUAAUAAUUGAUAGUUAUCCUCUAUCAGUUAUAACGUGGAGUAAAAAUGGUGUAGAUAUAUUCCCAGAUGGGAAAAAAUUUAUUGUUACGAACCAAGUUAACAAAAAUCGUUUGGAUAUUAAAUGUUUGUGUGUUGAAGAUGGUGGUCAUUAUACGUGUAAAGCUAUUAAUGAUGCUGGCAGUACAAGUUGCACAACUGAUAUUAUUGUUAGAAAAAAUGUAUUUCCUCCUGUCAUGUGCCGAAGAUUAAUACCUAAUACUAUUGGCGAAGGAGAUAGAGUUGUUUUAGAAGUCGAAGUUACUGGUACACCAGAACCUACAAUAAAUUGGUAUUUUAAUAACCAAUCUUUGGUUUUUCCAUCAGAAAAUUUUAGGUUAAGACAACAAGGAAACUGUAGUGCAGUUAUUAUUGAAAAAGCUACUUCAAUUCAUGCUGGAGAGUAUAAAGUAAUAGCUAAAAAUGAAGGAGGUGAAGCAGUUAGUUGUGCUGAUUUGCGAAUUGUUCAGCCAAUACCUGAUGUUGACAUGAAUUUAUCUUUGUCGUCCGAAUGUGACAAAGCAGAUAGAGUUAAUUUUGAUUACUACAAAAGCAUAGUACCAUCAAAUAAUUCAUAUAAAUUCCGUAAAAUUAGCAAAAUUGAGGAAAAAUCGCUCAUUUCAAAGUCUAUUUUUCAUAAAGAAACAAUUAAUAACACUGAAAAUUCAUCUGUAGAACAUAGUAAUUUAACUGGUGGUUUGGAAAAUACUACAAUUAACAAUGAAGUAAAUAAAAAACAGAUUACUUCUCAGAAUGAGAAUGUGGAAGAUAUAUCUAUUUCAAAGAAAAGUGCUCUUCAAUUUUUUAAAAAUGUAAUUGAGGAAACCAAAGAAAAACAAGGGACGUUCAUUGAAAAUGCGAGAAAUUUAAGUCCAAACACAACAAAAAACCUUCAUAGCGCAAGGAGUACAAAAUCAAGUGUUGUUUUAACUCCUAAAGCUUUUAACGAGGAAGAAAAAUUAUUGAGUAGUACAUAUAAUAAAUUAAAUGGGACAGAAGUCAUUUUAGAACCUGGUACUCCGCCUACUUUUGAUUACAUGCCAAGAACACAAGUAGUAAAGAAUGAUCAAAUGACUGAACGACUUAAAAAAUUAUCAAUUAAUCAAAAAUCAUUGUCACCUGAUCAAAUUCCUUCUGGUGCUGUAAGAAUUUUUCCAAAUGUUGCUACAGAAAAAAAACAAGAAAUUUUUGAAGAAACAUGCAUAAAAAAAAAAGUAAUCAAAUCAAAUAUAAGUGAAAAUAUUUCGAGUAUUAAGUAUUCGAAUAUGCCAGAAUUACAAACAGAACAUAAUUCUCCAUUAUUACGUCCACAAGCUGAUAUUAAUGUGAGGCCAGGCUCACCUAGACCAUCUGCAGAAGCAAUAACUAUGGAAAAGCUUUGGUCAAAAUCAAAAUCUCAAAAUACUCCAACUUCGUGCAUUUCGCCUAAAUUAAAAACCUAUUCAUCGUCUGAAACGCAAUCUUAUUUUACUGCCACCGAGGCCGUGGAAAACAAUGGAAAAGUAGUUAUAAAUGAAGGCAGAGAAGAAAAAUUAGGUAGUAUCAAUAUAGAAAGUAAUGGAAAAAAUGUACACGAAAAGUUCGAAAAUAUCACAAUUGGUUCUACAAAAAAUGUUGAAUCACCACGCUCGUCAUCAGCAAAAUUGUUUUAUGAAAAAAUAUCUCCAAAUACAAUUAUGAAAAAUAAAUGUUCUACUCCAGAUUUUACCCAGAACACAUUACAAUCAGAGUUAGCAUUAAAUUGUCAACAUGAAUUUUCUAAAAAUAGUAAAUUAAGCCAAUUCACAAAUAAAAUUAAUCACAUUGAUAAUAAUGUAGAUAAGUAUAAUUUAAAAAAUACUACACCUAUAUUUUUACAACAGAAAAAAAAUCAAAUCAAACAUGUAGAAGCUCCUAAAUUUAAUUCUAAAAGUUCAACCUUACCUAGAGUCCACAGUGAAGACUCUAAAAAAAAUUUGAAGCCUCAAUCGCCUACCUUGUUUAAUGAUCACUUUAAAAAUAAAACAUAUUCGUCAGUUGAAAGUCAUUCUAAUUUUUUAAAACAAAUUGAUCAUGAUGGAUUAGUUUUAGAAUCAGAACAUAAAGAAGUUGGAGGACAAGUUAAUAAUGAUGGCGUGCAAAAAACUUUUGAAUCAUUUUCACAUAAUUUUAAGACGCCCACCAAAAACAUCGAAUUUCAAAGAAAUCAAAAUAAAGCCAACUCAAUUAAAACUAUGCAUAAAUUUUUUGAACAAAGUGGAUCAUCUAGUUCAGCUACAUAUUCUAGACCAUUUAGUCGAAUGAAGGUGCGAAACAGUGAUAGUGAAUUUGAAAGUGAAACUGAAUUGUCAAAAUAUAUUGUUGAUCAAUACUCUGAUGUACCCUCUAGUAAAUUUCAAAGAAAGUCAUAUUCUGCUUCAUCCCAAGUUCAAGAAACUAAAGCAACCCCUUCUGUAGUACUUCAAAGUCCAGUAAAAGAUAGUGGUUAUGUUGCUGAUACGGACGAGCCAAGAAGCAUACAAAGUGAUGUUACUACCAACAGUUUACAAAAUAGUUUAAGAAAAAAUGUGGGGUUCCAAAGCUCAUUUUUAAAGAAGGCAGAAUUUUUUGAAAAUGAGCGACAUUAUAACCCACAGCCACCUCAAUGGGUAAAUAAAAAUAAUCAACUAAAAACCCAUAUUCGUAGCCCAGCAAACUUUAUUGAAGGUAAUUUUCACAAAAGUGACUGUGAAAGUGAUCACGAAUCAAAUAGAAGAUCUCAGUCCAUUUGGCGGCCUUGUGAUUCAGAAUCAAAAGAAUCUAUGUAUAAGCUUGUUAAACCUAGUUUUCAACAACCCUUUAAAUCUGUAGAAACACCUAAUUAUCAAGUCCGCAACACUCGCAUUCAAUUAAAAGAUAUUACUGAACCUGAGUUUCAGUUAAAACCAGGAACACCCCCUGAAAUUGGAUUUGCUCCUUAUUCGAAUUCUCAAAAAAUAGUUUGUUUUAAUGACUACACUGAAAACGGUAAUGUUCAAAAUAAUCUAAAAUCUGAAAAUGGACAUAACUCUAUAAAUUAUCAAGAUACGUUGGAAAAGAAGGCUGAAGCAAUAAGAUUGCAGAGAGUAAACGAAAUGAGGAGAAGAUUUGAACAGAAAUCAUUUGUACCCACUAAUGAAACUAAUUCCUUUCAAACAAUUUCAUCACAAAGUGUCAAUUCUUCAGAUGCUUUUAUAGGUACUAACCAAAUUUAUUGUUUUAAAAUCGAUCUACCGUGUUACAAAUACGAUUUUGGAUACAAAUUCGGUAUAGCAUAUCCUAAACAAAUUGGAAACAACAAUACACUCAACCGUAGUAGUGUCUAUUUUAGCGUUCCAGUUGUGCAUAAAUCUUCAAACCACAUGCAAAAACGCUCGAAUGAAAUGAUUAAAUAUUAUAAUUCUUAUACAAGUGUGGAAUAUAUUAAUAAAAUUGCAGAUGGCGCCGUUAUUAGCCCCAUUCACCAAAAAGAACUGAAUACAGCAAUACCUUUAGAUCCUUCUCAUAGUAUACCAAUAUUUAUGACUCCGUUAAAAGAUAUAGCAGUAGUUAGCGGUAAAACUGCCAGAUUUGAAUGCAUAGUACAAGGUGAGCCUAUUGAAAAUAUAGUGUGGAUGUGCAACGGUCAAGUGCUAAGUAAUUCAGACUGCUAUCAAAUGGAAUAUAGAAACGGUGUUUGCAAAUUAUUGAUUCCGAAGGCGUAUCAAUUUAACGCUGGAUUAUAUGUAUGCACAGUUUCUAACUACCUCGGAGCAAGUAGCACAUUGGCUAAUUUACAAGUAUCAGGUGAGUCUCGCACGUACAUUCAACGCUAAAUUCAUGUAACUGGCUUACUCUUCUUUCUCUCAAAAACAUUUUUUCCUCGGCUGGUAUGAAAUUGAUAAAUUAAUAAAAUUUUAUUUUUUAUAAGUAGUUUAUUUUUUCAACAAUUUUUAACUGUAAAAUCAAGCAUUUAGAAAGUAAUUAAUAUUAAAAUGAUAGAAUAUCUAACAGAAAUGUUAAACAUAGUUUUAAUAUUAUUUAUUUAUGAAUAAUUUAUAAUUAGCUUGUAAUUUAUUUAAAUUGUAAUGAAUAUAAAACGAUUAAAUAUAAUUAAAAUACUUUUAUUGUUAUAUUUUGUCAAUUUAAUUGAAAGGUAC